AUGAUGAUGUUCGAAGACAUGGGCAUGGGCUUCUGUGGCGACCUCGAUUUCUUCUCCUCCCCUGCCCCCAUGAAGGCGCCCGACACGUGCCAGAUCCAGCCUCAGCCCGAGCCCGAGCCUGACCCAGCCGACGACGAUGACUACACGGACGACGAGAUCGGGCUCGACGAGCUCGAGCGACGGAUGUGGCGAGACAAGAUGCUCCACAAGCGUCUCAAGGAGACGAGCAAGGUGAAAGAAUUGGGGCCCGACUCGGCCAAGCAGCGCCAGACCCAGGAGCAGGCCCGGCGCAAGAAGAUGUCACGGGCCCAUGACGGGAUCCUCAAGUACAUGCUGAAGAUGAUGGAAGUCUGCAAGGCCCAAGGGUUUGUGUACGGCAUCAUCCCCGAGAAGGGCAAGCCCGUGAGCGGUGCCUCCGACAACCUCCGCGAGUGGUGGAAGGAUCGCGUCCGCUUCGACCGUAACGGCCCUGCAGCCAUCGCCAAGUACGUUUCCAACCACCACGCUGGCGGCCCACGGCGGCCACACGAGUCGGCCCCUACACACCACACUUUGCAGGAGCUCCAGGACACGACCCUCGGCUCUCUCCUGUCGGCCCUCAUGCCGCACUGCGACCCGCCUCAACGCCGAUUUCCCCUGGAGAAAGGGGUCCCGCCGCCAUGGUGGCCGACUGGGGAGGAGGAGUGGUGGAAGCAGCUCCCGGAACAGGGCGGGGGCCCGCCGCCUUAUAAAAAGCCCCACGAUUUGAAGAAGGCGUGGAAGGUUGCGGUAUUGACUGCCGUCAUCAAGCACAUGUCCCCUGAUAUUGCCAAGAUCCGGAAGCUCGUGCGCCAGUCGAAGGGGCUCCAGGACAAGAUGACUGCCAAGGAGAGUGCCACAUGGCUCACCAUCGUUAACCAGGAGGAGGCCCUGGCCCGCGAGCUCUACCCCGACCGCUGCCCCCCUGAUGGCACCGGCUUGUUCUCCCUCGAUGAUGCCGGAGAGUACGAUGUCGAGCCGGCGGCCAAUCAGGAGCAGAAGCCGGCCCCACUCAGCCUCCUAAAUAUCGGGAUGGAUAGUUUCGCGAGAAAGAGAAAGCCUGGGAAUGAAUUGAGUGAGAUCCUGGACCACAAGAUCUACACGUGUGAGUUUUUCCAGUGCCCGCAAAGCGAGGUUCAGCGCGGGUUUCACGACCGGGCCACGAGGGACAAUCACCAGCUUUCUUGCCCUUACAAUAAGCGUAGCUCCUCUUUCGGGGCUUUGAAUUUUAGUGUGAGCGAGAUGAAGCCUGUUGUUUUCCCUCAAUCUUUUGUUUUCCAGCCGAAGCAGGUGAACACGAAUCCAAACUUGAUUGAUUUAACGGGCCUAGGGGUUCCGGAGGACGGGCAGAAGAGGAUCAGCGACCUUAUGUCCUGCUAUGAUACUAAUUCCCGCCCGGGAAACAAGAUUUCAAAUGAUGCCCGGAAGAGUUGUUUAAAGGAGCAGUCUUUUCAGCAAUGUGAACUGGCGAUGGUUUUGGAGGGAAGCAAUGUGUUCGACACCAACAAAUGUAGUAUGGCCGGUAACGAUCACUCGUUUUUCCGCCCUGAAAAUCGGUUGGAUCAGUGUAGGGCUGUGAAUCCUCCGCCACUAAGCACCGGGUCAAGUGAGACUUUCCAGUUUGGUUUUGGUCCACAACCAUUCAAUAUGCCAUCCAUUGAUUAUGCAAACUGUUUUGAUGGGUUCUCAAGCGAUAAUAACAUGCCGAGGCAGGAUGUUCCGAUCUGGUACUAA